AUGGAAAUGAUGAGUGAGGAGAAAAGAAAGGAUGGACUGAAGAAGCUCCAGCCCAAUGACCUGGGACUGAGCAUCAAAUCAUCUAAUGGUUGUUUGGUUUCACAGUCAGGUAUCUUCACCCUGUUCCCAGGCCCAGUUUCCACCUUGAUCACGCUCAUGAUACUUGAAUUCUGUAUUUUAGAAUCUCAGAAGCAAGGUUUCAAUGUAAUUAGGCUACUGAGCGGAUCAGCUGUAGCACUGGUUAUAGCCCCCACUGUCUUACUGACAAUGCUUUCUUCUGCCGAACGAGGAUGCCCUAAGGGCUGUAGGUGUGAAGGCAAAAUGGUAUAUUGUGAAUCUCAGAAAUUACAGGAGAUACCCUCAAGUAUAUCUGCUGGUUGCUUAGGUUUGUCCCUUCGCUAUAACAGCCUUCAAAAACUUAAGUAUAAUCAAUUUAAAGGGCUCAACCAGCUCACCUGGCUGUACCUUGACCAUAACCACAUCAGCAAUAUUGAUGAGAAUGCUUUUAAUGGAAUACGCAGACUCAAAGAGUUGAUUCUGAGCUCCAACAGAAUCUCCUAUUUUCUCAACAAUACCUUCAGACCUGUGACAAAUUUACGGAACUUGGAUCUGUCCUAUAAUCAGCUGCAUUCUCUGGGAUCUGAACAGUUUCGGGGUCUGCGAAAGCUGCUGAGUUUACAUUUACGAUCUAAUUCCCUGAGAAACAUCCCCGUGCGAAUAUUCCAAGACUGCCGCAACCUGGAACUUUUGGACCUGGGAUAUAACCGGAUCCGAAGUUUAGCCAGGAAUGUCUUUGCAGGCAUGAUCAGACUCAAAGAACUUCACCUGGAGCACAAUCAAUUUUCUAAGCUCAAUCUGGCCCUUUUUCCAAGGUUGGUGAGCCUUCAGAACCUUUACUUGCAGUGGAAUAAAAUCAGUGUCAUAGGACAGACCAUGUCCUGGACCUGGAGUUCAUUACAAAGACUUGAUUUAUCAGGCAAUGAGAUCGAAGCUUUUAGUGGACCUAGUGUUUUCCAGUGUGUCCCAAAUCUGCAGCGCCUCAACCUGGAUUCCAACAAGCUCACAUUUAUUGGUCAAGAGAUUUUGGAUUCUUGGAUAUCCCUCAAUGACAUCAGUCUUGCCGGGAAUAUAUGGGAAUGCAGCAGAAAUAUCUGUUCCCUGGUAAACUGGCUGAAAAAUUUUAAAGGACUGAGGGAGAAUACAAUUAUCUGUGCCAGUCCCAAAGAGCUGCAAGGAGUAAAUGUUAUCGAUGCAGUGAAGAACUACAGCAUCUGUGGCAAAAGUACCACGGAGAGGUUUGAUCUGGCCAGGGCUCUCCCAAAGCCGACAUUUAAGCCCAAGCUCCCCAGGCCGAAGCAUGAGAGCAAACCCCCUUUGCCCCCCACAGUGGGAGCCACGGAGCCUGGCCCAGAGACCGAUGCUGACACUGAGCACAUCUCUUUCCAUAAAAUCAUCGCAGGGAGCGUGGCCCUUUUCCUGUCUGUGCUCGUCAUCCUUCUUGUUAUCUAUGUGUCGUGGAAGCGGUACCCUGCCAGCAUGAAGCAGCUGCAGCAGCGCUCCCUCAUGCGAAGGCACAGGAAAAAGAAAAGACAGUCCCUAAAGCAAAUGACUCCCAGCACGCAGGAAUUUUAUGUAGAUUAUAAACCCACCAACACGGAGACCAGCGAGAUGCUGCUGAAUGGGACGGGACCCUGCACCUAUAACAAAUCGGGCUCCAGGGAGUGUGAGAUACCUUUAUCAAUGAAUGUGUCAACUUUUCUGGCAUACGACCAGCCCACAAUAAGUUACUGUGGGGUGCAUCAUGAACUUCUCUCUCAUAAAUCCUUUGAAACGAAUGCACAGGAAGAUACGAUGGAAACACACCUAGAGACUGAGCUGGACCUGAGCACAAUCACAACAGCUGGCCGAAUCAGUGACCAUAAACAGCAGCUGGCUUAA